GCCCAAGCCGCGGCGUGUACUCGGGCACUGGACUGCAGGAGAACCGAUCACGGGUUUAGUGUAGUCUCGCAGCUCUAUCGUUACGCAUAGUCUCUUAUCGAUUUACUCGUUUCGUGUAAAUUCAAUUUAUUGACACGGACAGACUGUGGACAAUUUUUCUUUUGCGUGUAGUUCGGCAUCCGGUUGUUCGUGCACAUACUUACGAAAAGGAUAAUAAGCUAAAUUAAUUUAUCAAAGAUCAAUUUUUUUCAACAUUGGGCAAUAAAAUGUCAAAUAUCGAAGAACGGGGUUUUGGUGUUCGACAGAGACCUGCUGAAUUUGUUCAAAACUUUGAAGUGCUUCGAAAUCAAUGCUUAAAAGAAAAAAAACUAUUCAGAGAUCCGGAAUUUGAUACAUACGAUUUAACUAUACAUCAUAAAAAUCUUCGAAAAAGUCGGUUUGAAUGGCGAAGACCAAACAAAAUUGCAAACAAUCCCCAAUUUAUCAUGGAAGGAGUUUCAAGAUUCGAUGUAAAGCAAGGAGAAUUAGGCGACUGUUGGUUAUUAGCUGCUAUAGCAAAUUUGACUUUGAACGAUAAACUUUUUUAUCAAGUAGUGCCAUAUGAUCAAGGAUUCUAUACUAAAUACGCGGGUAUAUUUCACUUUAGAUUUUGGCAGUACGGCAAAUGGGUUGACGUGGUUAUUGACGAUCGUUUACCGACUUAUGAUGGAAAAUUAAUAUAUCUUCAAUCAGCAAUGAAAAAUGAAUUUUGGAGUGCUCUGUUGGAAAAAGCUUAUGCCAAAAUCCAUGGAUCAUAUAAAGCAUUGGAAGAUGGUUUUACAAUGGAGGGUAUGGGAGAUUUCACAGGAGGUGUUUCAGAAAUAUAUGAUUUAAAUGAUGUACAACAUGAUUUAUUAACGAUUAUGCUAAAUUCUAUUCAACGACAAUCGCUCAUGUGUGGUUCGAUAUUAAAUUCAAAAAUGAUUGAUGUAUCUGAAAAAGGAUUACAUGAAGCUCAUGCAUACAGUAUUACCAAGAUAACUAGUAUUUCUAUAGAAAAUAAGAAAAAUGGUACAAUAAGUUUGAUUAGACUUCGAAAUCCUUGGGGCGAAAAUGAAUGGAAUGGUCCCUGGAGUGAUGAAUCCGUUGAGUGGUUAUCUAUACCUCAAGCAACAAAAAUAUCUAUCGGUCUGGUGAUAGAUAACGAUGGAGAGUUUUGGAUGUCAUUCGAAGAUUUUGUCAAAUAUUUUUCUGUAUUAGAAAUUUGUAAUUUGGCUCCUGAAUAUAUAAUCUGGGAACAAUAUGGAGCAUGCUAUAAAUGGGAUUUGAGUGUAUUUGAAGGUGAAUGGGUUCGAGGCGCAACCGCCGGUGGAUGUGAUAUAUCUCAAGAAUCGUUUUCAAGCAAUCCGCAAUACAAUAUAACAUUAGAAGAUUCUGAUGAUAGUAACAAUGAAAAUAUGUGCACUAUAAUUAUUUCAUUAAUGAAAAAAUACAGACAACGCAAUAGGAAAGGGGAUUCAUUUUCAAUUAAAUUUUUUUUGUUUGAUCUCAACAAAUCGAUGUCUGUGCCGAAACCAUUAGACAUGGAUUUUUUUAACAAUAAUACUGCUUUAUAUAAGUUCCAUUCUCUUAAGUACAACCCAAGAGAAAUUUCUAAGAGACUAAAGGUACCACCUGGUAAAUAUUGUAUUGUACCUUGUACAUCUAACCAGAAUGAAUCAGGGGAGUUUUUACUCAGGGUAUUUUCAGAAAAAAAAAACAAUUUGGAGGAGUUCGAUAAUGAAGUAGGAAUGUGUCCAAUUAAUUAUAAGUUCAAAGAAUUGGUAAUUAACACAAACAAAAAUGAGGAUUCGAAUGAAAAAUUAAAAAAAUACUUCCUCAAAGUAGCUGGGAGUGAUAAAGAGGUCGAUUGGAUGGAACUUAAGGAUAUUUUGGAUGUUGCCAUGAAACAAGAACCCGGGAACAUACGAUUUUCAAAUGAUGUAUGUCGUUGUUUGAUUGCUAUGAUGGAUUGGGAUAGAUCAGGUAAACUUGGUUUUAAAGAAUUUCAAUCAUUAUGGUUGAACAUUAAACACUGGAAGGUUGUUUUUAAAUCAUACGAUAUAAAGAACAAGGGAUAUAUCAAAGGAUAUCACUUAAGGUCAGCAUUAAGUUCGGUUGGUUACUCUAUUAAAACACGUACCAUAAACACUAUGUGUCAUCGGUAUGCGAACCGAAAAGGAUAUAUAAUGUUUGAUGAUUUCAUUAUGUGCGCUAUAAGACUUAAAACCACAAUAGACAUAUUCAAAGAACGUGAUCCUGGUAAUAAAAAUGUGGCUUCAUUUACAUUGGAAGAAUGGGUGGAAAAAACAUUUUACUCAUAAGUUUAUAAUAAUUAUAAGUUUAAUUGAGCGUUCUUCGUAAAAAUGUAAUUUAUCAACAAUAAUAUUAUACUAUACAAUAUUGAAUAUUUUUUAAAUAAUUUUACUGAAUUAGAGCUUUUUAUAAUAUUUAGAAAUUGUUUCAUAUACAAUUGUAUAAUUGUACAUUGUUAGUUGUUACUUAUCGUAAAAUAUAUAUUACACUGUAUACAAAAUAUUCGAUAAAAAAUAUUGUUUUUAUAAAUAUUAAAAUGAGUAUAUAAUAAUAAAUAUAAUAUAUAUAUAUUUAUAUUUAGUAUAUUUAAAAAUUGUUUUUUCCGAGGAGUAUUCAAGAAAGUUAUGAUAGUAAAAAUCAUCAUCAUUUUGAUAUUGGAAACGUAGCUUUUCGCACUGUUUCUGCCCUGCACACAUCCAACGUCGAAAUGUAGUCGUGUUUUUAUUGAAAUGUACUUAUAAAUCUAUUAAAAU